AUGACAAGAUAAUAAUCCCAAAUAUAAUCUAAGUAUAAUGUUCAUGGGCACCUGCGCGUGCAACUAAUAAAAAUAAAACGUUUUUUAAAAUAAUUAUACAUAUAAAAAAAGUUAUUCGGCUACUAACUAGAUAAGAUGUGAGUUACUUCUGACUAUAUUUCUUGGAUAAACGCCGAAUCGUUUUCGUGGCCAAACCAGAAGUUAACAGCGCUUAAUUCUCUCGCUUCGCCGGUUCACCUCUGCGUGUGUCAGGCCGACACCUGACCGGCUGUUGGGAGGACAUCCAAAUACUCCGCUGAGGCUGAGGUCAGAGCAUCGUCUACCAUGAAACAAUGAAUUUUAUAACAAAACCACGUUAGUCCGGGCAUUGGCUGCGACGUUAGGUGCUAUAUUUGAUUAUAUUAUGGUGAGGCACCCAGACUGAACUACAACAUGUCAGGGUUGAAAUACCACGUCUCUCUGCCUGUGGCUGUGGGCGCCCUAUUGGUGGGUCUUCCAUACUCCAUCUCUCUAGCGGCCCAGUGGCUAUAUGGCUGGCCCAAUAAGCCUGGAUAUAAGAAAUACGUAGAAGCUCUAAAACCAAGGCGAAUAUACUGUUUGACCAGAGCUGUGCUGGAAACACUUAAAUACCUACAGUAUGGGAGACUUUACUUUCAGUGGAAGUCAUGGUACAAGAAUGACGAAAACCGUAAGCAUUAUGAGAAGGGCAUCACAUUUGGUCGUCGAAGCAACAAACUGGACCUGUACCAUCCGCCCAGGUUGGGUAAGUCUGAGGAUGUGCCGGCACCAUUGGUCAUUUUCAUCUACGGAGGUGCAUGGGGCUCUGGAGAAAGAGCCAUUUACUGUUUGUUGGCCAGACAGAUGGCUGAAGAACUAAGUGCAACUGUCAUAUGUCCCGACUACUGCACAUAUCCAAAGGGGAAUGUUUUAGGGAUGGUACAGGAUAUUGCUGACUGCUUGGUUUGGGCCCAAGAGAGUGGACAGAAGUUCAACUUUGACAAAGACAACAUAGUGUUAAUUGGCCAUUCAGCUGGUGCACAUUUGUGUGCACUGACCACACUGUUUCUCACUGACUCAAGAGAGGAGCUUUUCAUAGAGGCAACCAAGCAGCAGGACAUUACACUUGCAAUAAGAGGAGUUAUUGGUCUUAGUGGCGUCUACAACAUCAUGGACCAUUACGAGCACGAGCAGAAGCGAGCGAUUGAAUACGUUUCCACCAUGCACAAAGCCAUGAAUGGCGUAGAGAACUUCCCGUACUACUCGCCCACACACAUGCUGCAGAAGUUGAGCCAGGACAAACUGAACAGAGUGCCUCCAUUCGCUUUGCUCCACGGUACCAGUGACAUUAUCGUACCCGUUGAAUCUUCCACAAAGUUCUCUGAGCUCCUCACCUCGCUGUCUGUGCGGGUGUCGCUCUACCUGCUGCCCAGAGUCGACCACACUGAGAUCGUCACCGACCUCAUGGCGUCAGACAGACGCUUCUACCAUCCCAUCUACAGCUGUAUCAAACAGGAGUACAGAAAACUUCUGGGAACCUGCUGACGUCCCAUCAGAUCAUCCGUUCAUCAUUUAUAUUUACUGAUUGUGCCAUACACUUGAUUUGUUUACAGUAACUGCUCUAAUACCUCAAAGUGUAUUAUAUUUAGCCUUGAUUUCAACUUGAUUCUUUUCAAUUGUAAUUCAAUAAUUCAAUAAUAGUUCAUCAUUUAGCCAUCUGUUUGUGUGUGUGUGUGUGUGUGUGUGUGUGUGUAAUUGAGUAAAUCCAGGAGUCGCUUUUCUAAUCAUUUAUAAUGUAUGGUCUGGAAUCUCUUUUUUCUUAAUGGAUGGUAAUCUGGAUAACAUCAUACUCAGACUUUAUAAGUGAAAGGUAUCAUGAAGUACAAACUUUAUAAUGAAAAAUACAUGAAUACGUGUAGUAUUAACAUUGAAGUCCUGCUACUGAAGUCUUCAAUUGAAGUGACAACAUUUUGAUUCAUGAACUUGCCUGUUUAUUUAAUAUAAAAUAUUUUCUUGACUGUAACAUCUUGUUCUUACUAUUUAUUGAUCUUUGAAAAGAACAGACAUUAAACCCACCAGAAGGAACUGGUAACACUUUU